AGCGUUUCCAGAGUCAUAUUUCAGGUCUGAGGGUUUUGUGUCCUUUAGUUUGACAUUUGCCCAUCUUUAAUCAGAGGGGUCAGUUUUUGUCAUUACAUCCUGAGGUAAAGAGAUCCCUGAGCUCAGGGUGACGACUCUCUUGUUACACAGCUGAAAACGAGCCAGUGCUUCUCGGACUGGUCUCCCUCAGCUUCAACGCAAAACUAACGAAAGCGUCUGAAGAAAUGAAUUGCGAUGACGUGUUUUCGGCUGGUCAUGUGAUCCGAGUCGACCUGCUCCAUUCAAAAUAAAACUGCUUUUCUUAGGCUACUGAUAUAACUGGAGUCAUCGCUUCAUAAAUGUACUCCACUUAGAAUCUAUCUUUCAAAAUUCGCCAACUAUUCACAAUAUUUUUGCGCAACAUAUUUGUAAAGAUGAAAUUGUGCUCGUGUCUUUUCGCGCACUCGGUGACAGAGCGUGAAUCAUUUGGACUAUCGUUCACUCACUGCCCCCAAGCGGCGUUCAAGUGAAGGGACUUGAGAUAAAGUGGCAUCUUUUAUUUCUCAGGUGUCCCGCGUUGAUGUGUGGUAAAUAGAUAUCUUGUACUCUUCGCUUCCCAGAUGGGACCUCGCUCAUGGAGCGGUGACGCACUUUCGGUGAAACACAAUCUCUACCCUCUUGAUACUCUCUUUGCUUUCACUGACGACCCCAAAGCACAGUUUCCCAGCAUGCAGCAGGAGCUUUGGCUGAGGGCUCCUCUUGAUACCUGCGUGUGCAAUGAGAUCGGCCGCUGCACAAACACUCCCGAAUAGACCGUCCGAAAAGGAGCUCAAAGAUGCCUUACUCAACAGCGUCGCUGGACACAACCACGUCUCCAGCUCCAGCAGACCAGCAGCAGCACAGCGCAGAGCAAAGACCUCACCAGACACUUUUAAUUGUAGUUCUUUGCAUCAUCAUGGCUAUAAUCGAGAAAAUGCAGAUAAGUGUGAUACUGCCGAGGGCCCCUGGAACCUGAACAACCCGGCGAAAGCCUCGAGGAACCAUCAGGAGCUUCACAAGGAGCUGUUACAGGCCCACAAACAGCGGGACAGAGGGCCGCUGGCGUGCUGUAAGCCGGAGCUACAGAUGGUUCUGGAGAAGAGGAAGAGAGAGCAGACCCAGAGACAGGAGGGAGAGCAGAGCAGGAGUCCUCUGGAGCAGGUGCUGCUCGAACGCCAGCACAAACAUCAGGAGACGAUGAAGGAGAAGGAGGAGGAGCAGAGGCUGCGUGAGGAGGCGCAGCUCCUGGAGUUUGUCCGAGUGAGACAGAACCUGAGGAAGGUCCACACAGCCCUACAGAAGACCCUUCACUCCUCAAUCUGACACAGUUCACAGUGUUUCAGUAGAUUCAUUAGUAUGUUAUUAAAUUAUUUACAGUCUGUUACAGUUCACUUCUUUUCAUAGAAGUCUGUAAUAAUGAAUUAAUAAUGUUAAAACACACCCAUGGUAAUCUUAAAAUACCAUUAGCUGUUAUAAUAACAAUUACUGAUAGUAAUUCUGUCAAACUAUA